AUAUCUGACCACACAGGAGCACUGCUCGUGCUGGUUUCGCUAUGAAUACUCAAAGCCAAUCUCAUCUCUCUCUCUUUCUGGGUGUUGUCUUCUCCUCCUUGAAUUCUUCCUCCUUGGACGACAGGCCUCCGCUACCAGUACCAAGGCAGAGCCGCCCAGUGAUUAAAAUACAGAGCUUGAAAGGAUGAGUAAGUGGAUGUACAACGAGAGGAGGAGCGCCGGCGGCGUGGUCGUUGCCGUAUGUGAGGAGGAGAGGAGUAGGAUGGUGGAGCCGGUGGUUUGCCCAAAGCCUCGAAGAUUGGGCGUCUUGAAUCCAUCCAUCAAAAGAUGUGCUCUUAAUCAAGAAGUAGAGAUCGGUGAUGCAAAAGCGGGGACAGAGCUGCUGGAUAUGAUUCUAACUAAGGGAAGCUAUGGUGGAGAUAAAUCCACUAACCAUGUGGCUUUAUCGCCUCCGGCCUUCUAUUGCGGAUCACCACCAAGCAGAGCAUCAAACCCUGUGAUCCAAGAUGCUCAAUUUGGCAGUGAAAAGGUCACUACAUUGUCUAUAUCCCCUGCAUCUCCAUCGCCUUCCUCUAGAUGCACCCGAAUGAAAUUUGGGCACAAACAGGCUGCAGUGAGGGUUGAAGGGUUUGAUUGUCUCAGCAGAGAUCAGAGAAAUUGCAGUAGCAUCUCUGCUGUUGCUUAGGCAAUCAAAUCAAAAGAACUCAGAAAAUAAUUAACUUCAAAUUUUGUCCAGAAGAGAAUAAAGCUAUGGUUUUCAAGUUCUAGUGUUCCUCCACUGUUGUUGUAUUGUAUAUACAUGGGAGUUUUCAUGUUGAGUCUUCUAAAUUUUUGUGUAAAUAUGAUGAUGAAGUUGAUGAGUGGAAUUUUUCAAGAAUAAAUGGCAGGAGAAAUAGAGAUGUCUUGUUGGUAGGUCAAGAGUUGUUGAGACUUUGUUGGAGGGUUUAAUGGAUGUAGUUUCCUUUUAGUGUUUCUGUUUUGUCAUUCUAAUCAUCCUCUUUUGUAAUUGUAAAUUGGAGCAAGAAAUGCUGAUUACUGUCUUAUUCUGCAAGAUAUGUGAAGAAGAUUUGAUGAGAGUC